UCCAACUGCUCCCUCAGUGAAGCUCAAAGGCAGGAACAAUGUUUUUUAUUCUCCUGGUGCUGGGACUCAUUGUCCUUGCUUAUAUUUUCCGUCAAGUUGUAGUUAUAGGAAAGAGUUGCAAGAGCAACACAAAGCUGCAUGGGAAAACAGUGAUUGUUACUGGUAGCAACACUGGGAUAGGGAAGACCACAGCCAUAGUUCUGGCUAAAAGAGGAGCCAGAGUGAUUCUGGCCUGUCGAAGCAAGCAGAGAGGAGAAGCUGCUCUUGAGGACAUCAAGAGGGAGAGUGGCAGUAAUCAGGUGGUGUUCAUGCAGUUGGAUCUCGGAAGUUUUAAGUCUGUCCGUAACUUUGCAGAGAACUUUCUGAAGUCUGAACCCAGACUAGACAUCCUGAUCAACAAUGCAGGUCUCUACAUGUUGGGUCGAACAGAAGACGGAUUUGGGAUGAUGUUUGGUGUCAACCAUCUCGGUCACUUCCUGUUAACUAACUUGUUACUGGACCGACUGAAGGAAUGUGGACCAAGUAGGGUAGUGAAUGUGUCGUCUUUGGCGCAUCACUGGGGAAGCGUCAAUUUUGACUGCCUGAACACCCACAAAGAUCUAAGAGAAGGGACAUCUUUAUUGGAAAGCUUUCGAAUGUAUGCCGAUAGUAAGCUAUGCAACGUUCUCUUCACCCAUGAGCUGGCCAAGAGACUGCAGGGGACUAAGGUCACUUGCUACUCCCUCCACCCAGGAGGCAUCAAGACUGAGCUGGGCAGGAAUGCAAACUCAAUCAUUCAAAUAACUCUAAGAAACCUUGGAAGAUUUUUCUUCAAGAACCCCCUCCAGGGAAGUCAAACCACUCUGCACUGUGCCCUGCAGGAGGGCAUUGAACACCUCAGUGGGCGUUAUUUCUCCAACUGCACUGUGAGAGACGUCUUGAGCAAGGCCAAGGAUGAUGCUGCCUCAAAGAAGCUGUGGGAGAUCAGUGAGAGGUUUUGUGGCAUCUGAAGUGUGUUUUAAUUCUCUUUAGCAAAUGUUAUAAAUUCAAUUAAUACCAAAGAGUAUAAUUAUUCUAUUAUCAGCAUAUACACCUCAUAAGAAAGCUUGUUUAUCUCAAUGUUUAAGUUUAAAGCUUAAUGCAUGAGUUCAUUAGGACAUGGAUACCCCAGAGGACAUCCACAAUAUGAUUUCCAUGAUAAACCAAUAAUUUCCAGUUGGGAUCCAAGAUUAAAUUUACAACAAAGAAGAAGAGGGAACUGUUCUGAUAAUAUAGGUCUGCACCAGUUCUUUGUUACUUCCCUAAGGAGAGCAGCUAAUGGAGGACAAGUACAGGUCCUUCUCAUAAUAUUAGCAUAUUGUGAUAAAGUUCAUUAUUUUCCAUAAUGUGAUGAUGAAAAUUUAACAUUCAUAUGUUUUAGAUUCAUUGCACACUAACUGAAA